AUGUUGAUACAGUUGGACUUCAUCAUAUCUGGUGUGAUUGUAGCCCUGUGGCUUAUCGGAUCCUCAGCAUGGGCCCAGGGUGUGACGGAUCUGAAGUACUACACCAACCUCGAGGAGUCUGGCUAUUUCACACAUAUCAAGAGUGUCUGUAGUAAUGGAAACACCUGCGUGCAGACCAGGAAUGCCAACUUCGCGAGCCUGAACGUCUCCAUUAUAUUUGGCUUCCUGAACAUGGUUGUCUGGGCUGGUAACAUGUGGUUCCUGUUCAAGGAAACCCCCUGGCAUAAGGUGAACCAGUCCAAGCCUCCAGAGUUUUCUGGUGCAACCUCUGGCCCGACCGACCAGCAGAGAAUAUAGUGCAGUGUUACCAACCUCUGUCUAGAAUAAAAAAUAGUAGAGUGUAGCCUCCAACAUGCUUAGUUGAGGGUAACCUGAGUGUAGUGGAUUGUAACCUGUAAAUCUAUAUUGAUAUUUUUUGUGAAAUGUUUUUUGUUAUUGAAAUAUCCCAUAAACUUGCUUAAGUUUUGUUGAAUACACUUUGCAAACUGUUAUAAGAAGAAAAAACAUUUUUAACAAUUCUUUCUUCAGCCACCACAAAUUUAAACUAAUUGAAAAACAAAGCUUAAAGGUUACUCUGUUAUUGUAAAUGUAAGUAAAGAAUACAUUUUGUAGCUUACAAGUCUGAUUGAGACCAUUGUUCAAAUUGUUUGAAAUUAUUUUUUUGUUUUUGGACAUAAUAUCUAUGCCUUGGUAUUUAUCAGAAUUGGUGUUGUUUCGGUGUUGCAAUGUUACAAACAGUUUAACCGUUACUUGUUGCAUUUUGUAGAUAAUCAUUCAAUGGUUCACCAAACAUUUCAAUACAUGUUGUUGUUUUUAAAACCAAAGCAAAAUUUGCUUUACUUUUUUUAGGCUUAUUAGUGAAAUACGAUGAUCAUUUUUUCGUAAAAGGCAUGAUAUUAUGUUUGGUAAGUAUGUAAUAAAGAUGCAUUCUGUUUUUGAAGUAAUUGUUAGUGGCUAUUAGUAAACAUUUAAGGAAAUAAAGAGUUUGAUGGGAUGCAUAAGUUGCAUAAAAUUUGUAAUGAAAAUACUUGUUUAAGCAUAAUUAUGAUGAUGUAAAGUUGUUAAAACAGGGGCUCUUAUGUUCAGGAUUAUUCCUAAGAUCAGGAUUUUGAGCUUUUAAAAUCAGACUUUGGUUCAGUCAAAAAGAUAUUUUUUGUGCUCAUACUUUUGCAUAAAAAGCAAAAAGAAGUAUUUUGAAAUUAAUAUAAUGAAAACAAUUUCAAAAGGGGUCUUAACUGCUUUUGGCAUGCAUACCUCACACUCGAACAGACCUUUCACUUUUUUUCAGGAUUGACAAUUCUCAGCUGUUUGAACCCCUGUUUAAAGUAUAUGUAGCAUUUUUGUAUUUCAUUUUUUACACCUUCAUCAAUUUGUAUUCCAGUCACAUUUUUUUCAGGGAAUAUUUGGAUAUUAAUUGUCUUAUAAUGGCUAUUGAAUUUUGAAUUAAUUAAAAAAAAAAAAACAUUAAAAGAAUAGUACAGCGAUCCAAAAAAUUAUCUAGUUUGGUAUGAUUAUUUUCAAAUUUGAUUGUCAGAGAGAAAAAAGCUGCAUGAAAAGUGCAACAUUUCUGAGAAUAUAGGUGGGGAAUAAAGAUGUGACAAUCAAAGUUUUUAUAGUUUAUUAGACUAAAAGAAAAGUCCUCAAAUCAUGAUUUAAUAUUUGUUGAUAUAAAACAUAAAGAACGGAAAUUCACAUUUGUAGUUAUAAAAGAAAAGGUUUUAAAAUUCGUAAAAAAACAACAGCACACAUCAUAGGAAGAUUCUUUUGAAUUCUGUAAACAUUAAGAUCUAGCGACAUUUUAUUUAACUUUUUUGUCCUGGCCAAUCCUAGUGCCUAAUAUAUACAUACAUUUAUUUAAAAUAUGUUUGUGUUUAAUUUGUGGCAGUUUAUAAUAUUAUUGUAAAUUUUCUUAAAAUAUUUUUUAGCUUAGUUUUGUAAAUAUGUGUGAUAAAUCAUAUGGAAACUAUUUUGUAUUUGAUAUGACCUGAUUGAAACUGAAUUUAUGUAAAAGCUAUCUAGAUUUUGGAAUCUCGAUGAAAAUGGUGACAAUUCUUUUUGAUCAUCUGUUCAAAACCCAAGUGAAAAUCAUAAGCAACUGUAUUUUAGCUUAAUUUUUUUUUUUAUAAUCCCUGUUUUUCAUUUUCAUGUAUCUACGCAAUGUCUAGCGUUAAAGGCAUUCAGGUAUGAUUCUAGAAAAUCUUUUGCUAUGAGAAAGAAAACUUUGCAAGAUCAAAUCAAUUUUACAAUCACAAGGCUUGGAUUUAUAAUAUUCUGUUCAAAUGAGUACAUGAACCUCUAUCAGAUGCUGUUUGUUCAUAAAGUAAGUGAAAUAACUAAACUUGGAUAAAGUUCAAAAUAAAUUACUGCUAACACAAAAUCUGUGAGUUCAACAAAGUUUUAAAAUAAACCAUUAUCAUCACAAAAUAUGUGAUUCUCUAUAAAGAAACAUUUAAAGAUUUAAAAAUUGGUGUUUUUUUAGUGAGCAAUGAAACAAGUGUUCAAAUGGCAUUUGGCUUUGCCUGUAAAUAGCACAAAUUAAUUCUUUCAGGGUUUAUUUAUUGGUACCGGUAAUACUAUUCCAAAAGUUUAAAAAAGUGCCAUCAUAAAAUCUGUGAACAAUUCUGUUUAAGGUAAUUCAUCCAUCAUUAAUACAAAAACUUGCUUCUGGUAAAGUUUUAUUUUAAAGUUUUCACAGAGGACAUUUUUGUAUAGGCAUUAAUUUAGAUUAUCUCAGAAACAAAUUAAUGAAAUUGCCGUGUAAUCCUAGUAAAAUAUUGUUUAAUUUUCUCCCUUUAAUGUAAUCCAUGCAAAAAGAACAUUAUGGUUGAUCAGUAUUCAGUAAUCAAACAUAGAAACUAAUCAGUGUCCACAUCUAAAAUGCACUAAUACAUCUUUCAUAUGCACUAAUACAUCUUUGCAUCCUAAUGAUGGAUGGCUUACCUCAAGGAAAGAUUGAAAAGAAAUCCUUUUUUUCUAUGCAAUGAAACAAGUCUUCAAAGGAUGGUUGCUUUUGCCUGUAAUGACAUUGAUUAACUACUUCAGGAUUUAUAUACCAGUAGUAAUAUUCCACAAUGUAUAAAUUUGUAUUUUGUUUAUCACAAAGUGAAAUUCAAUCAUGUUAAAUGCUUGUGCACAUCUAAUGCUGAUUUAUUUUAUAUGUAAUCCCUACAAGUACCUAUCAAGAUACACUGCUUUCUCAUGUUAAAAUACACUGCUUCUAAUGUUAAGGUACACUGCUUUCUCAUAUUAAGGUACACUGCUUUCUCAUGUUAGGAUACAUUUGCCUUCAUUACUUUCUCAUGUUAAGGUACAUAGCUUCCUCAUGUUAUGAUACACUGCUUUCUCAUGUUAAAGUAUAUGCUUUCUCAUGUUAAGGUACAUAGCUUCCUCAUGUUAAGGUACAUUGUUUUCUCAUGUUAAGAUAAAUUGCUUUCUCAUGUUAAGGUUCAUUGUUUUCUCAUUUUCAUAUUCAUUGCUUUUUCAUGUUAAUGUCCUGUUUUUUUGACACAAACUUGCAUUCCAGUGUUACUGUUGUGUGUUUUCACUUUAGUUUGUUUGAGCAUAUUAACCCAUCAGCAGCCAUUUGUAUAAAAUUGGUUAAGUCUUUGAUUCGGUUUAAGUUGACCAAACUAUUUAUUGACUUGUCAUUAUGUAUCCAGUAAUAACUUUUGACCAAUCAAAUUGCUUUGAAGUGGAUAAAUUAUCCAGGUUUAUACACUUGGCUUCAGUUAGUCUGUGAUUAAGCAAAAUAUAAUCCAAUUUGUUUUUGAUUACAAGAUUAUUGAAAACCUUUGUACUUUUUUCAGAAUGAGUGUGAAUAUGUGUGCCUAUUGUGUAAUUUUGGUUUUGCUGUGUCAUGUUUUCAUUUUUCUGAAGUUCGGUGUUUGAAACUAGCAUUGUAGUUUUACAUUAAAGUUGUGCUCUAAAAUUGUUAGACUAAGUCUUGAAGAUAUUCGGAUACAAGAUCGAUUUGGAAUCACAACUUUCGAUGGCAUUGAAUUGAAUUGGAUAGAAUCUCAAUUAAUGAAUUGUUAUCCUUAGUUAGGAUUCCUAACUAUGUAGCUCUUUGAAUUGCAAAAUGGUCAGGUGACAUGAAUUUACAAUUGUAGGCUAUUUGGCUAAUCUUGUUUGUAUUUACGUAACAUCAGGAUAUUAGUAAAGUAAAGAAUACAAUCGGAAAAUCAGGAUAUUAGUAAAGUAAAGAAUACAAUCGGAACGCCUCGGCCAUCUUCGCCAUAUGACAAGCCUUGUCUGAUCAUGUAUGCUGGUGAAUUGGUAAAAAUAGUAAUAAUAAAAUUAAUUAAUUGUAGUGUUUUUACGAGCAAUUUUUAUUACUAAGUUCAAAAUGAUUUCCUUGUUAGUGCAUUAUUGCAUAUACCAUUAAGUAUCCUAAGAGUUAAGUUAUUAGGUUAACUGCUAAAUUGAAAUUACUAUGCGAUCUACUUGCAGCAUAAAGAAUUCUGACAUUGUAAACCGUCCAUAUAUAUCUGAGGUUGUUAUCAAACAAAAUGGCUGGGGUUAAAGAAUUGUGUGAUCUCUAAAAUGAAGAGUACACCAGAACACACAAACUAAGGUAUCCAUAUAUAAAACUAGUUGUUUUAUGAGGCAAUUGGAGAUAAUGUUUGCCUGGUGUCUCCUUAUAAUGUUGGAAUUAUUUGAAAGGUUAUUGGUAGGUUAAUUAAAUGAUUAAAAAUGUACAUUACAACUUCAAUCAAACUGUUUCCUUUUUAGCAAUUUUCUUUUUGAAAUUUGCUUUAAUUUUUCCAUAUUAUUUCUCUACCUUACAAACCCUUUCAAAUGUGUCCAAAAUAUUAUGUGGUCAGCAGGCAUCCAAAAUUCACAUAUUUGUACAUGUCAGGUUUUAAACCGUUUAUAAAAAAAUGCACAUACAACAUGUAGUUAUUUUGGGUGAUUAAUCUUACUAAUAUAGAAUAUUUAAAUCAUUGUAUAGAUAUAGACUAUUAAAAAUGUUGUAAAUCAAGUAUAAGACAUGUAUGUACAUGUAUAAUUAGUUAUGUUACAUUUUUCAUAUUAUAAGAAUGAUAUUGUAUGCUAGGGUGGGUGUGUUUUUGUUUAUUUUAUAUUGCAGAUCUGGCAAAUAAACGUUUAAAAUAA